AUGUUCCGCGCAGAGCACAUAGAUGUUGUGCCUGCUCUUGUGGGGAGUGGAGAGUUCGACGCGCUCCUUACUCAAGGACAAACCGUGUCAGUCGCGCAGUCGCCAUUGAACAAUUCAUUGGCUUUGUUCGUCGCGCCGGCAAAGAAUGAACCCUCCCCCAGAUCCUCGGAAGAACAGCCUAUCUAUUUUGCCAAUGUGGAUAAACCGCCUUCGUCAGAGCGCCGCCUGUUCAUCACAGACACCCUUGUCAUAUUCUCCGCCUUCCGUAAAUUCAUCAACAAUGCCAAAGGACGCUCACCCGAGUGGCUACAGAGCGACGAAACUUUGUCAGUCCUUCGAAAACUUGCGAUUGACUAUGUCACGUUCAUUCGAGAAUGUUGGGUUCAUGCUUCGCAACCAAUCACAAGGCCGGAGGGUGCUCUUCAACUAUCGAGUGACCACUACAGAAGCCUCUACACCUGCUUCUCACUCUUUGUGGUCCUGUACCUUCCAGAACCUGGAUACGAACAAGCUCCAGUGGGAGACGACCUCAUGGAGUGGCUGAAUACACAUUUCAUCGAACCUUCAACCGAAGAAGGCGACCAUUUGAGUGCCCUGGACAAACCCUGGGCAGACGAAACGUUUUGGCCUUAUCUGACGCGAGCGGUCUUACGCGGUCUAACGAAGGCUUCCUCAUUCUUUUUGGACAUCCUGUCGAAUCACCCAUCCGAAGAACUGGUGCCUAUAGCCGAGAUCCUGAUUCCGAUCAUUCAGUCUCAACCACGCCUGCAAAACUUCAAUACCGAGCGAGACUUUGCCACGGCUCAUAGACGGUGGAAAGACAAAGUCAAGGCUUUGCGAGUGGAUUUGGACCGCGUUCCUGAAGACAAGCGGUUUGACGAGUUUGAAAACUGGUGGGACCGCCUAAGCGAUAUCGUUGGUGUUCUGGAGGGUCGGUCGGAUACCUUGAAACGCGUUUGCGAUGAUUUGGGUGCCGAUUGGAAGGAGGUUUGCGUUGCUUGGGGGAUCUUUGUCGAUCCGAGACUCCGACGCCAGGAUCUACCAGACGUUGCUGCUGAUGUUCUGGCAGACCUUCCCCCGGAUCCCACUAGCCUCGAGGAUAACAUCCACGCGGCUUUGUUUGGUGCGCGAGUGGGUGAAGCACUCGAGCACGCUUUCGAUCUGGACCCGUGGCUUUCCGCCCAUAUGAGCGAUCUAAUGGAGCCUCUCUCUUUACUGGAUAACACCCUGGAAGAAGAUUCCGAUCUUUCCCAGAGAGAUUUUUAUAUUCUUUCGUACGCAGAGUAUCUCCAGUCGGACCCUGCUCUAUGGCGGAUCACCAUCGACUAUAUGUAUUCCUGCGGAGAAAUAGGCAAGCGCCAUGGAGAUGAAGUGCUCCUUCAUGUUCCACUUAGACUUCACGAACAGUCUGUCAACUCGGGGACUGCAGAGAGGAUACGUGCUGGGGACGUUGUAGGGACGCUAAAAGAUGUGAACGAAUCGUGUAUGCAGUUCCGACGAGAAGCAGUUCGACGAACCGUGUGCAAGAUUGCCGCUCAAACCUUCAUUCAAGAAAGAAAUUAUGGUUUGGCCGCCUCCUAUUGCACGUCUGCGGAAAAUUGGACCGGGUUGGGUCGAAUAGUAGAUCAUGUGUUGGAAGAAUAUGUCAAACAUGGAACGGGUCCUUUCCUAGAGCACGCCUCAGCCAUUGCACCCAUUAUACAGGCUCUUGGGAAUAGGCCAGAGGUGAACGGGGUCUUUUACCAUCGCAUGGUCUUCGCGGUGCGAUACGCACAGCUCCAUGAGCUUCUGACGCGCCAGGAUUUUGUUGACGCGGCAGCAGCUCUGGUGGCUAUCUUCUAUGAAGAACUUGCGCCUAGCUCUUGGUGGGCAUUGGUACUCUGCGACUCUGUUGAACUUCUCGAACACGAAGCUAAGCUCUUGUUCACUUCUUCACAAGCUUCUCUCUUGUUGAGAAGACUUGAAGACGUCGUGACCAAGUCUUCGCAAGGGGGAUCUUCAGAGUAUUUGUCACUGCUUUCUCGGACUAUAAACGGGGACGAAGAAGCUGCAUUUCGGCAUUUGCGAACUGUUCGGCUUGCUCUGGCUCGUUAUUUCGCUCGGUGCACGGUUCUGAACGCCUAAACUGGCUCGGUGUUUGGUUGAUAGCUGGAAGUGCCUCAGAAACCUUGGAAAGUUUGAGCGCUUAUCGGCCACGUCAGUUGUUCUGUGAAUGAUCAUUGUAUUCCAACUGCUCGAAUCUGACGAACUUGAUU